AUGUUGCAUAUCAUUUUGCGUAAUUUCAUCGCCUAUCGAUGGAAAUUAGAGCAGUGUUGCAUCCUGGAACUUCUCUGGAGCGAGGUUCCCCUUUAUUUGGCACUACACUUACACCGGUUUGAGCGAAUUUUGAGGGAUACGAUGCACAAGGCCUUUUGGGAUAUUCAGCGCUCCCACCUAGAGGCCGAUCCUCCUAAUUAUGAGCCUGCUAUUGGCCUCAUGAAGGAAAUUCGACAGAUGCUUGAGGGUUUGACUCUACCUCAUCAGACAACUUUGAAAGCGCAGAUCGCGGCAAAUCUCGAUAUUGAGUCGGCAGAGGAGGAGUGGCGAAACACGGGCCGUCUGCGUCUGGAAUCAUUUGCUGAGCCUUUAGUUAACAUGUUGGCCCAAUGGUGUGCACCUGUCCGUGACCUUGAUGUUGCUCGACUGAGGAGCAUCUCCGAUCCAAUUGAAUUCUUUAGGCAAGCUUUUGCUUUGCUGGAAUUAAUGCAUAUGGACUUGGCCAACUUCACAAUUCAAGAGAUGCGCCCUUAUAUUCGUCAACAGGCGGGCCAAUAUGAACGGGAAAAGUUCGAUAGUCUUUUGGAGGUUCAAAGGAAUGCUGGAAUUGAUGGAUUGGCUAUUACCAGAUUGUGGAUUCGUGAUGCUUAUAAAAAGCUGCUUAAUACGUCGGGCGAAAGUGAAACAACUCCAAAUAACAUUCUACGAGAGGCUUAUCUAGCUCUUCUCACCUGGCCAGACAAUCAUGACCUUCCUGAAACAGUGGCUGUUGACGCGAAACGAAUUUAUGAGCUUUCAGACUGUCUGGGACGAACAGUUACUCUCGCCUCCGUAAUUUUGGUAGUUUGUAACACAGUCGCAAACGCCACUUCCAAAGCUACUUUAUCCCUUAAGACACUCGGUGUCAACAAUACGACAACACAGCCGUCUCCCAUAUCUCUACUCAAAGCCUCUGUAUCCAAUGACACCCGAGGAAUCAUUGAUGCCGUACCUGUUAGCAAACUUCCACAACUAUCUGAAGUCCUCAAACACCGAAUGCUUUUCGUGAUCGAGAACUGGCAGAAAUCGACCAACGGAGCAGGAUCUAAUGAAGAUGGACUUAACGGCUUAUCGGAAGCAUUCAAAGAACUGAUCGCUGGACAAAUUGACUCGGUUCUCACCAAGGAACAUCCAGUCUAUAAACUCAUGUUUUCUCGGGCCAUGGAUUUCUUGCGUUCCACCUUGUCUGCUCGUCCACCUAAUCCAAUUCAAUUACCAACAGGUUUCGGAGGUCUCUCAGAAAGUGCAUUACCACCUUCAUCAAUGGGUCAAACGUCUGUUUCCAUGGAUCCAAGUGUCUGUGCACUCGAACGACCUCCAAUGACACGAUAUAUGAACAAGGACAGUUCCUCUUCAUGUAGUUCCAACUCCGAGCAGUCCUCAGAUGAUCUGUCAAGAGUCUACGAUUUGGCCUUGAUAGCAUCUCGAUUGAUGCCCCUAGUAGCUCACAACCGUCACGUCUUUGGUCCGCAUUAUGCGGAAAUAAUCCAGGGUCUUCUUAAGCCACAUGAACCGGCACAAAGCUCAGAGCAGUAG